UCGGAGCGUGGGCUCGGGCGCCGGGCCCGCCGAGGUUUCGCGGCCGGCUUCCUGGUUGGCGUCGCUCUUCCAGGCCGUGUCACUCCUGGCGACACUACUUUCUGACUGACUGGGGAUGGUGUCUGCUUCCGUCUCCCCAGUGCAGCCACAUCCGGAGUGGGAGGUGGCGAAUCUCCAGACGACGCUGCUGAGCUUCGAGCUUAUCUGAAAUCUAAAGGAGCUGAAAUUUCAGAAGAGAACUCAGAAGGUGGACUUCAUGUAGAUUUAGCUCAAAUUAUUGAGGCCUGUGAUGUAUGUCUGAAAGAAGACGAUAAAGAUGUUGAAAGUGUGAUGAACAGCGUGGUAUCCCUCCUAUUGAUCCUGGAGCCGGACAAGCAAGAAGCUCUGAUCGAAAGCCUAUGUGAAAAACUGGUCAAAUUUCGGGAAGGUGAACGCCCAUCUUUGAGACUGCAGUUGCUAAGCAACCUUUUCCAUGGGAUGGAUAAGAAUACUCCUGUAAGAUAUACAGUAUAUUGCAGCCUCAUUAAAGUGGCAGCAUCUUGUGGGGCCAUCCAGUAUAUUCCAACUGAGCUGGAUCAAGUUCGAAAAUGGAUUUCUGAUUGGAACCUCACCACUGAAAAAAAACACACCCUUUUAAGGCUCCUUUAUGAGGCACUUGUGGAUUGUAAGAAAAGUGAUGCUGCCUCAAAAGUCAUGGUAGAGUUGCUAGGAAGUUACACAGAGGACAACGCUUCCCAGGCUCGAGUUGAUGCCCACAGGUGUAUUGUACGAGCAUUGAAAGAUCCAAAUGCAUUUCUCUUUGACCAUCUUCUCACUUUAAAACCAGUCAAAUUUUUGGAAGGCGAGCUUAUUCAUGAUCUUUUAACCAUUUUUGUGAGUGCUAAACUGGCAUCAUAUGUCAAGUUUUAUCAGAAUAAUAAAGACUUCAUUGAUUCACUUGGUCUAUUACAUGAACAGAAUAUGGCAAAAAUGAGACUGCUUACUUUCAUGGGAAUGGCAGUGGAAAAUAAAGAAAUUUCUUUUGACACAAUGCAGCAAGAACUUCAGAUUGGAGCCGAUGAUGUUGAAGCAUUUGUUAUUGAUGCAGUAAGAACUAAAAUGGUCUACUGCAAAAUUGAUCAGACCCAGAGGAAAGUAGUUGUCAGUCAUAGUACACAUCGGACAUUUGGAAAACAGCAGUGGCAGCAACUGUAUGACACACUAAAUGCCUGGAAACAAAACUUGAACAAAGUGAAAAACAGCCUUUUGAGUCUUUCUGAUACAUGAAUUUUUAUGCUAUAUAAAAUUUGGUUCUUUUUGGAAGAAAUCUAAAUCAUAGUAAAACAAACUAAAAUUUGA